AGCUAAGCUAGAAAAUGACUUCGAUUCUUUUUACAGGAGGAUGGAUUGUUGCUGCUUUGAUUUGCAUUCUUCUCGUGACAUUCCUCACAUUCUGUUUACAUAUUUAUUUGCAGCACUGCAAAUAUGACAUUUUUCCAACACCAAAGCGAGCAAGCUUUUUCUUUGGGCAUAUACCAAUACUAACAGAACAGCAGAAGAAAAAUGGGAAAGCUUUUGCCGAAGUUCURAAUGAAUGUUUGAAAUAUGCCUUGGAUGUCAUGAUCAAAUACAAUCUUCGCAAGCCACCAUCCAUGAAAARGAAUCUCUCUCAGUUAUUUGGUGUCAGAUUCAUGAAGAAUGGCCUGUUUACAGAAAYAAACCACGAUGAUUGGAAGAAGAAAAGACAGACUGCAAAUCCCUCAUUUUAUCGCUCCCACCUCAAAACAYUGAUUCCAGAUUAUAAUAAUUCAUGUGARAAGUUAAUCAAGAAACUGAUGCAGUACUCUGAUGGAAAAACAGAGGUCAGGAUGGUGGAUUUUUUUCAUCGUCUCACUCUUGAUGUGAUUGGCAAGGUAAGAUUUUCAGAUCUCGACUCCAUACAAAUUACUGAUGAAGAUUUGCUUGAUGAUUUCGUGACAUUUUUUAUUGCUGGGCAAGAAACAACGGCAAACCUUCUCUCUUUCAUGAUUGUUGAAAUAACUCAACGACAGGACGUCAUGAACAAGUURCGAGAUGAAAUCAAUGAAGUGCUYGGGUCACGUGACUACGUAGAGUUUGAUGAYCUUGCCAAGCUACAGUACAUGGGACAGGUCUUAAAGGAAACGCUAAGACUCUAUCCACCAGUCCCAAACGUUUCAAGGYACACCAAAGAUCCAAUUGURCUAAGUGGUCUCCAGAUCCCCGCAAACACAGGUGUCAUGAUUGGCAUUUUUGCUUCCCAUCGCUCACCUGCGCAUUUUGAGGAUCCAGAGAAAUUUAACCCUGAUCGAUGGAGCCCCGAAAAUGCUGAGAAAAUUCCACACUUCGGUUAUUUGCCAUUCUCGACUGGACCAAGAAACUGUAUUGGACAAGUAUUCGCGCAGUUUGAAGCUAAAGUCGUGAUGGCUCGAUUUCUAAAAACAUUUGACGUCAGACUUUGUCCUGGGCAGACACGUGCCAUCAAACAAGAAGGAACAAUUUCACCUCGAGAUGGUGCCGUGUGCACACUUCUYCCCCUUUAGACAAUGAAUAUUGUAGACAGUAUUAGAUAUUUACUGACUGUAAAAUGAUGAUCAUGAAUUUUAUCGUGUUUGAAAGGAGACUAGACUUCCAACAACAUAUAUCAUUAAUUGUAAAACAAAUAGAACUAUCGUAAAGAAUCCUGGAUGCACGUGGGUCUCAUAAGGCUGAAUUAGAUGACACAGCUUUAGCCAACAACCAUCGUAUGCGACCUGCGUAACAUGGCUCCUUACAACAUAGCUACAACCGUCGUGGGGCUAUUAAGCAAUUGUUUUAAAUCCCUACGACAAUUGUAGCCAUGUUGUAAGGAUGACUUACGCAGGUUGCAUGCGAUGGUUGUAGGCAAAAGUUGUUUGUCUAAUUCGGUCUUUACAACAUGGCUACAACUGUUAUUGGGCUAUUAAACAAUUGUUUUUAAGUCCCAAUGACAGUUGUAGCCAUGAUGUAAGUUUUCAAAAAGUCAUCACACACUUAAUCCGUGGAAUACUUUAGUAGGCAAAGUAGUAAUUAUUUWCUAUGUAGUAGGCUACUACACGAGGUCUUAGUCUAAUACGCGAAUCAAAAAUUAUACAAAUUAGGUGCUAAAAUCUUUUAUUUUCUAUUGUCUAAUUAAAUUAGUAGUAUCUACUAAUAUUCGUCAAAAUUCACUCAAAAACUAGUUAGUCUACUGUUAUAUACCUUUUGCUAUAAACUACAUUAUAAGCAAAUGCACGAUUGGUUGUCCAUGUCCUUAUUAUCUAAUGUAUCAAUUAUAUCUUUCAACUCGAAAAUGUUUCAUACCAUCUUUUAGUGAUGUUUAUCAUAUACAUUGUGGUCUAAAAACUCUAUCAUUACUUUAAUAAAGCACUUAGUCUUAUUAUUUACAUUAUAGUAAGUCGUGAUCACCGACUCACUCCAUACGAGUGUUCAGAAAUGUUUGUUGUAGUAAGCAAAUGUUAAAGUUAU